AUGGUUCGCGCAAAGAAGAUGGACGAAAAAAGAGGGACAACUCUUCAGAUUGAGGUAGACAGCUUUGUGCGCACAAGAGAUUCUGGACUUUCACUAACCCAAUCGAAGGUUGUGACUGGUCUUCAAACUCUUCAAGACGCGAUCCGAACCCUUUCUUCAGCAUAUAUUAAACAUACAAAUGCUAUUUUAGGUGAACACGGUGCUGGUCUUGACGUCGACGCGACUCUGGCUAAGCUGGGCGAUAAUCCACUUCUGACUCUCGGGGAAAAAUCAGCACAGGAGAAGCUUCAGGUCGAAGCCGGGCCUAUAAAGAAGGAACGUAAGAAAAGACAGCAUGAUCCCAAUGCUCCUAAGCGACCUCUAACUCCAUUCUUCCUGUACAUGCAAACAGCCCGACCCAUUAUCGCCAAUGAUCUUGGAUCAGUAACUGUUAAGGGAGCAGUCGGUGCUGAAGGUCAACGAAGAUGGCAAACCAUGGCUGAAGAUGAUAAACAGCUCUGGACCGAUGCGUACAAAGACAAUCUGCGCCUGUACCACGCCCGCAUACAUUCUUACAAAGCUGGGAAUCUAAACGCCAAAGAAAUGGAUGACAACGAAGCAAGCCAAUACGCUGCAGAACAUGAUAUUAGUAUUCCAGAAGCUAUGACAGACGUUCAAUUGCUUGGAGAAGCUACCGGUACUAUACUUGCUGAUGAAAUAGAGCCAGAGAAUGAGCCAGAACUCGAGCAUGAAUCUGAACCUGAGCCUGAACCUGAACCUGAGCCUGAGCCUGAGCCUGAAGAUGAAUCCACGCCACCCCAAAAGACACCAAAACCUAAAUCCAGUCGCAAGUCAAAGCAAAAAACUACUGUUAAUCCUACAGAGGCGCCAAUUUUAGUUAACAGCCCAAGCAACGAAUCAAAGAUAUCAUCUGAAAAGGUAAAGAAUCUAGAAAAGAAGCGGAAAAGAGGAAAGAAGACCCAAGACAUCAACGACAAUGAAGAAGCUAGCGUUGAUGGUUUACGGACUGCUCCGAAACAGAGGAAGAAAAAGGCGAAAAAUGAGUGA